CCUAAUUCUCUUUUUUUGAUGACAGGGCUAAACAACACACGUUGUAGUAGGGCUUGUUUCUCGUGUACGAUACAUUCUUCGGAGGACGGACGUUUGCAUCCGUCCUUACGAGAAGUUGCUGCACACGUACUCAUUUUUUUAAAAUUUCGACAAAGAACUAGAGCACCAAGAGACAAAAAGUCUAUCGUUUUUUUUAUCCAAGAUUUUCUCUAGAUUUCUGAAGAGGUCUGUCAUACACGGAAGAGGAUUACGCAUUUGCAGUAUGUAUCGGGCAUAGGUUUACACUAGACUAUCAGCAUUGAUCUUAGAAGUUUCAUAGACGGAAAAUCAUUUCCAAAACACGAAAACAUGUCGCUUUUUGGACGAUUGGGUUGCUUCAGCUUGUUGGCUAUCCUCGUGACGGUUGGCGGGCCUCUGUUCUGCGCAGCCAGCACUCCGUCUCGGUCUCCGCUUCGAGGACGGUCGACGAAGCGUGUUCACUGGGACAAGUCGACCACAAAGAUUAGAUCGUUUUCCGGUGAAAGAAACUGUGAUCGCACACAAAGACUGUUCAACGUCGGAGGACCGUGGUGGGCGGAAUCUGCGGACACGCGCACGCCUCGGGUCUGUACCAUAACCCCAAACUACGCUAAUUUGCACCUAAACGCAUUUCCCUUUUUGGGCAAGGGGAAGCCAACGAAUUUGCCGCCGCAGAAGCAGAUCAAUGGCACCAGUGAACAAGAGCAGGGAGAAAUAAAAAAGCCGUUCAUCGCAAGUAUUUUCUCAGCUUCAGUGUCCUCAGAGGUACAUGGAAAGCCGCGCUACCUGAUAUUCCAAAGAGUUGACGGCACUAGCAACCGGCGCGAAUCUGUCACGAUUUACCCGGAUCGGGUAAACGACAACGACCCUGGGGAUGAGGACAUGGAAAUUGGGGCCUUCCUAAAACCUGGCGGACGGUACUUCGAAUAUUACACCACCGAUAGCAAAGGGGAAAGAGUUAAUCGACUUUCCGGAAGUACGCCGAUUCGGCACCUCGAUGACUGGCAGAAGGGGAAACGUGAAAUCGUCCUGCACUACGAAUUCACCCGCAGCAGCGCAGUAGAGAACGUGUACCUCGACCCGGUUGCAAACCUGACGGGGGAGCUGCAGGCACUGAAUGUCGGACCGCCAUACGUCGGCGAGCAAACUGACGAGCAGAAGUGGGCGGCGUUGCACAAUGCAAAGAAGUAUCAGGCAAGCGAGGAUCUCGUGCUGCAAGACAUACGCAGCCCAGCGGUUGACAUAAAAGACGCGGAGGACUUUUUGCUUAACCGGUUUCCGUUCGAGGACGUGCGCCGGAAGUACCGCGUUAUGGAACCGCUCGUCCGAAUUGCGCCCCGGCUGCUCGAGUAUGCAACACCGGACGUGGAGGCGGCACUGAGGCUGAAAGAGUUAUCUAGAACCUGUGACGUCCCGGGGCCGGAUUGUGUAGCUGGUACAAAAAUUUGUGGUGUUUAUUCUCCUUUCUCGAUUGGCAAUGCAGAUCUUCGCGCUGUGUGCUCUUCAUGCUUUUUCGAAUACAUUCUUGUUCAAAACGCGCGUCGUGAACGUCCGCAACUUACUUGCGCUAAAUGAAACACUGAGCCUUCUGUAUUCUUUUUCACAUCUUCGUUACAGGUACAUACAAAACGAACGUGGAAGCCCCCAAGACGCCGGAGGCUCCGGCACUGGUUCGGAAGGAGCGAAAGAAAAAAAGGAUUUUUAAAGGUUGGGAGUGA